GAAAUGCCAACUAGCGCGCCUGAAGGAUGGAAUAAGUUGAGUAAAUCAUCAAUAGAUUUUGGUAUAAAACCACUUCCUUCUUUUGCAAGGUUUAGUGAGACUCGUGAUAUAGCUACUGGAUACUUUCACCAAAUGCUCAACUCAGCCGCAAGUAUACGAGGUCAAUCUAUAAUUCCAUUCUAUGGCUUUAACAUAAGUCUUACACAUGAUACAAGUACUGGCGAUGUCAUACGAAGAUCGAGUACAAUAUUCGACGAGGCUUUCAAAAAUAUUUCGAAUGAUCUACAUUUGAAAGAUUUCAAAGAAGCAUUUCAAUUUUUAUGUUUAUAUGCCGCUUUAAUCUUAAAAAGCGAACCUGAGAGUUUUCAUGAUUUUAGGAACACAAUACUAGACCAGGUAGAUCAAUUGAAUAAUCGGAUAACUAGUAUUAGUGAUGAUUCACAACCGAGUGAUAACAUGAUCCUAGAAAUUAAUUUCUUUGCAGUAGAAUUCCUUUUUAGGACAAUGAACAAAGAUGAAAGUAAUGAUGCUUUGGAGACUGCGUAUAUGAGAUUGGUUGAGCAAUUAUUAGAUAUUGGAUUACUUACUGGACGCUCUUUACGAGAAUUGAAAGACUUAAACAACGUAAGAAUACUGCAAGAUCGUACACUUGAAUUAUUAGUUGUCUCAUUACAUCUUGCACCUAUUAUUUUUGAAGGUUCUACAUUAUGGGAUGUUGUCGAACCAACUGUCAAAAAGUUGUUGGGCGAUAGCAACUAUCAUGCUAUUGUAGAAUGUGAAAUAAUUUGGUAUGCGUGUAUAGGAAUAUCAGUUAUUUCCCAAUUGUCUAUAACAGGUUUAUCAGCAAGUAGUACUUCAAUAGUUAAUUCGAAUUGGUCAUUAGUACACGCUGCUAUUAACAAACUUGACUUUAAUUGUCAAACAGAAAAUACAAUAAUGAACAGAGCAUCGACAUCUCGUGAUCACUACAUAAAGACUAUUUACAUAAGAUGUUUCCUCUUAGUGAGUGACUGGAACUGGAAAUUCGACGACGACGCCAGUAUCACGAUAAAAUUAUUUGAUAUACUCAAUACUCGAAAACUACAAGAUUUUCUUAUUGAAAAAAUUCAUGAUUUUCCAUCAUUUGUGAGGGAAUAUAACGAUGAUCUCAAUAACGUUUACGAAAAGCAAGACACUUCUUUUCAUUUACUCCUAAAAUUAAUUCGGAAAUCAGUUAUUGGUAUUAGAGAAAACAUCCAGUUGAAUGAAAAGAAGCAAAUAAAGUUUGUGAAUAGAUUUAUCUCGAGAGUAUCACCAACUCGGGUGGUUGCAUUAUCAAAAUCAGUACAGGCAUCAAUUGGCGAAUUAUCAAUAUUGAUCAAUCAUUACAGCCUUGUGUUGAUUCUUUUGCAUGUACAGCCUUCAUCAGCUAAACCACGUCUCGCUCAAGCCAAAAGUUUCUGUACGUUCAGUGAAGUAGAUUGGAGUAGUAGGAAGGUCAUUAUUAGAGCGAUGAUGUACAUGGUCAUUAUUUACAGGCAUCACUCGUUAGAUAUAACGGCUUUAAUGGACUGGUUCGCUGAAUUGAUAGAUGUACUAUUAAAUGAGCUUAAUGUUGUUGAAAAAAUUAUUUCUUCAACCGACAUUGAACAGUACAACAUGAAUAAAAGUCUAAGAAAUAAAAAAGAAAUUGUUGUCACGUUGAGGAUGAUAUUACGUUCUUUUCAACAUAUUAUUGUUACACCAUCACUUGAUAAAGGUGUAAAUGCAUAUCCAGAUACCAAACUUCUACAUACUUGUUGGACGAAAAACAUUCUAGAAUCACCUUUAGCUUUGACUUCGGAUAUUGGAAUAGAGGUAAUAAAAUGUGUUGAAACUUUCCUCGAUAUGCGUCGACACGCUAUGCCUGUUUCAACUAGAAAAACCUAUGAAGAAACUGCUGAAGAUGAUAACGAUGAUGAUGAAUUUGAGAUGUUUGACCUUGACAUCAAUGAUCCUCACUUAAAUGAGUUACUAGGUGAAGAAGUCGAUGUAGAUCCACUGCAAUUAAAGGACGAAGAAUUUGCUCAGAUCAUCAAAGCGCAUAUAUCCCCAGCUAUUCACAAAUUACUCUCGAAUAUACAUAUUCCUAACGAAGAUGGUACUUGCCCAUCAGAUGAACGACCGUUUUAUGUUGAGAAAUUGAUUAAUUGUUGGGCUGGUUGUGCGCACGUACUUGUCCAGCACGACUUAACAGAUUGGUCCACAUAUAUGUUAUAUGGAUCGGAAAGUUAUAGAAGAAUAUCAAAUGAAUCUGCAAGGCGUAAUGUCGGCAGAGUAUUUCUUGAAAAUAUCAAGAUAUUAGAUCCCUCGGCAUAUCCUAGAGUAUUAGAACUAUACGAAAAAUAAAAGCUUGGUCAUCAUCCAAGAUCAAAUGUAAUUAGAUUGACCUCAAUGUAUUUAAAUGAACGACAUGUUUGCA